CCCCAGUCGCCGGAGCCGCCGAGCGCUCCCCAUCGCCUCUCCGCCCUCCACUGUCCCUCCCGCGGCAGCUCCGCCGGCACCGGAGCAGGCAGAAGCGGAGCGAGGGGCGGCCGCCCGGGCCGCUGCCCGCUUCCCCGCCGCGGGGGUGUGCGCGGCGGCGGCGGGCAUCGCCGGGGCUGCGCGGAGCGCGAAGCGGAGCCCGGCGCCGCCUCCAUGUUCCAACUGCCCAUCCUCAAUUUCAGCCCGCAGCAGGUGGCCGGGGUAUGCGAGACCCUGGAGGAGAGCGGGGACAUCGAGCGCCUGGGGCGCUUCCUCUGGUCCCUGCCCGUGGCCCCUGCGGCCUGCGAGGCCCUCAACAAGAACGAGUCGGUGCUGAGAGCCCGGGCCAUCGUGGCCUUCCACACCGGGAACUACCGGGAGCUCUAUCACAUCCUGGAGAACCACAAGUUCACCAAGGAGUCCCACGCCAAACUGCAAGCCCUCUGGCUGGAAGCGCAUUACCAGGAGGCGGAGAAGCUGCGGGGCCGACCGCUGGGGCCGGUGGACAAGUACCGGGUGAGGAAGAAGUUCCCGCUGCCCCGCACCAUCUGGGACGGCGAGCAGAAGACACAUUGCUUCAAAGAGCGGACGAGGCAUUUACUGCGGGAGUGGUACCUGCAGGACCCUUAUCCCAACCCCAGCAAAAAGCGGGAACUGGCUCAGGCCACGGGACUUACCCCCACGCAAGUGGGCAACUGGUUCAAAAACCGCAGGCAAAGGGACAGGGCAGCAGCCGCUAAGAACAGGCUACAGCAGCAGGUCCUAACGCAGGGCUCGGUGCGGUCGUUGCAAGCGGAGGAGGAGAGCGGUGGGGAGGCGGUGGGGGCCGCCUCCAGCCCCGCAGCCAGCCUCUCCAGCAAAGCGGCCACCUCCGCCAUCUCCAUCACAUCCAGCGACAGUGAAUGUGACAUCUGACACCACCGCCAUGACAAACCGGGGGGAGCGGGAGGUCCAGCUCACCGGUGCCUGCCUGCCUGCCGACGCGGCCGGAGCAGCGGGGCUUGCAGUCGUCCGGCCCCGGUCGCCAAACCCGGGCUACCGAGCGCUCCCCAGUCACACACCGCCCGGCCGCGCCUCCCGCCCAGCCCCGCAGCAGACUGCAUUAAAAAACGUGAUAAAAAUCGUUGUCGCCUUUAUUUCGAAGGAUUUGCAGAAUUGAUGCCUAAAAAAGAAAAUUAGAAAAAAUAAAGGAAACCCACAAAAUGCUAAAAAAUACAACAACAAACCAACGAAUGCCAAGUUGCAAAAAAAAAAAAAAAAAAAAAGCCUGAGCGCCUGCCCUUGUCAAGCGGGGGUGUUUCAUGUUGAAAAGACGCUGUUCUUUUGGUUGGGUUUUGCUUUACUUUAAAGGGUUUUUUAUACAUAUAUAUAUAAUGUUUAUUUACUUAUUUAAGGGAUUGCUAUGGUAGAUUUUUUCUAUUAUUAUUAUUAUUAUUAAUUAUUAUUAUUUUUGGCUUGUUCUCUAUGUGCACAGGUGACUUGUAGAGCAUGUGCAGGACGAAACUGUAUGAAGCAGCCUAAAACCAUAAUAAAAUACUCGGUGAACGA